AUGCCCAUCUCUACCACUAAUCUAAAUACCAUUGGCCUAGGUGUUGCCGCAUUGUUUGCGGGUUUCAGCAUCAUUGGUAUCGCGAAUCCUCGGAAAGUCGAUGACCUCUUUGGCGUCACCCACGAAAGCUCACUCAACACCGCCGAGGCGGGGGGAGCUACCGCUGCGGCGACCAGAACAAUCGACUAUACAACACUCGGUGUACUGGUCUGUGGGCGAGACUUGACCAUCGCCGUCGCAAUCUAUUGCCUUGGCCGAGCAGGCAGAAAUAAGGAAAUGGGCACCGUGAUCCUGAGCACCAUGUGUGUCGCCAUUCUGGAUAUUUGGCUUGCGUGGAGGAACAAGAAAUACCCCGAGGCAUUGGUGGCCUCACUCGGAACUGUCGCAGUCGCCAUGGUUGGUGUCAAGUUGCGAGGAUGA